AUGGACGACUGCAGACAUCAGGAUACACAUGAUGGCAUUUGCAAAGGAUGUGGGCUGUGCAUUGAAGACCAAGAGUAUGUGUCGUCAUACAUGCCCUGUAGAUUAGUUAUCCCGGAAAAGAUCAAGUAUUUGUCCAUACACCGAAUUGGGAGGCAUGACAGAUGCGCAGAGUCGCUACUGAGCAUUUUGAAUGCAUCUGAAUACUGUGAGCAGAUCAAGCAGCUUUUAAAAUCCAAAGCAUUUGGUCGUAAGAUAAAUCCAAACAGCAAAGUGCUUGCUGCAAUUUAUUAUGUGCUGAAGAAGAACAAUUACCCGAUAUCAUAUAGUGAUCUUCAGCCAUAUAUGCAGAAGCAAAUGAUCUAUGUCAAGCGCAUUGUUCUGAGUGAAUUUGAAUAUGUAGACGUGUCGAUUGAGUAUUUGGCUGCAAUAUUCAACAGAACAGGAGAAUACUAUUGCCGUGAUCGAACUCAAAACUGCGUUGAGCAACAGUUACUAUCCAAAGAUUCGAAUCUGGAUGAAUUCAUCAGGAUCUGCAGAGCCAACAGACGCAUAAAUCCAUAUCUGGUAUGCCUGGCCUACUUCAUACGAAACAAAAACAUUCGAGUUUCUUAUAGCCAGUUUGGGCUUGAGACUCUCAUAGGCAUUACUUUGCUCAGAGGCAUAGUUAAGAAAGUCAGGAAUACUAUUAAAACUGAAUCCUGUGAAGAUUGUACAGGUACGAAAAUGCGAAGAACAUUCAUUAAGAAGCAUGCAAGAGAACAUUUUAUGAAUUGGAUUCUUAGAAAGCGCUAG